AUGGACGAAGACGACGAGCUACCUACGGUGCAGAAGGCCGCUGUCAUUCGAAACCCAGGGCCGAACGCCACUAUUGUGGUACAGCACAACGUGCACGUCGGGACUCCCGGGCCUCAUGAGGUUCUCGUUCGCAUCAGUGCCACAGGCGUCUGCGGAUCGGAGACUCGAGCUUUCCGGGGUUGGGGUGUUUACGACCCCAUUGUAGGCCAUGAGGGCGUUGGGAGAAUCGUCAAACUGGGCCCCGGUGUUUCUGAAGAUUUGCUUGGCCAAAAGGUCGGGGUGAAAUGGCUUUACAGUGCCUGUGGAACCUGCUCCGUCUGUGUCCGCGGACACCAGAAUAAUUGCCCGAAGCAGCGCAACACCGGCAAACAUCGCCCCGGAACGCUUCAGCAAUAUGUCGUGGCUGAUUCAAGAUAUGUCACGAAAAUUCCCGACGGUUUGCCUGAUGCUGAAGUUGCACCUUUGCUGUGUGCUGGUCUGACCAUGAUGGGCGCGGUUUCAAAACUGGAAGGAGACCUUUCUCCUGGCGAUUGGGUCGUUAUCCAAGGGGCUGCUGGAGGUCUGGGCCAUCUUGGUGUGCAAAUUGCCUCGCGAAUGAGAGGUUACCGAGUGAUAGCAGUCGACUCUAGUGGCCACGAUCAAUUUUGCCGAGACAACGGAGCCGAAGCGUUCAUCGACUACACGAGGGAAGAGGUUGACAAGAAGGUCAUGGAGUUGACAGGGGAGGGAUCUCACGCCGUCCUCGUGGUGCCUGAGUCGGAAGACGCUUACAUCAUGGCGCCCAAGCUGGUCAGGUCCAUGGGAACAAUUGUAUGCGUCGGUUUGCCUCGCAACGAUUUCGAUAUUCCCAUACCAGUCACCUUAUGUGCUCUCAAAGCUCUCAAUGUCAAAGGCGCCAUGGUCGGCACCGAGAAGGAAAUGUCUGAGCUAUUGAGGGAGGCUGCCAAAGGUCGCAUUCGAGCAUCCGUCGAAUACUUUCAUAUUAAUGACACGGAGGAAAUUGUAGGACAAUUGAUGAAUCAGGAGAUGUAUGGGAGAGCUGUUAUCACUGGUAUUUGA